AUGGCAGACGAUAAGAAGAGACAGGCUAAGCGUAAGGCGGCUGCGAAUGGCGUGGAGAAUCCAAGUGGAGCGGCUACAUUGUUGGCUAUACCGUCGUAUUUGGCGAUGGUACCUGUUACCUCGUACCUUACGAAACCGGGAAGUAUUACACAAUCGCUCACACAUGCUCUUAUAAAAUUGCUUCCUGGUGUUGGUGCCACAGCGAUAACAUCCGGCCGCGCCAUCCCCGCCCUCUCCGCCCUCUACAUCUUCUGGACCUUUGCCGCAACGGGCGUCAUUUCCGCCGCUGGACAAGCCAUGGGCCGCGCCGAGGGCCUCGAUGUCGAGCAUCCCCGCGCCCACAUCCAGGAGCUGAGGGGUCUACCGUUGCGACUUCACAGUGCGCACUAUGCGGUGUUGGAGAACUUUGGCGCCUUUGCACUCACCGCCGCACUCGCACAAGUCACGGCGCCCAACGAUGCGCAGAUUGUGAAUCUCUUGGGCUUCCAUGUUAUUGCCAAGUUGCUGGUGCAUUACCCGUCGUAUGUGGGUAAUGUUACGCUGUCGAGGACUGCUGCGCAUGUCAGUGCUACGGCGGCCUUGAUGAAUGUUUGUUGGAGAUUGGCGGCGGGGAGUUAG